AUGUUGUGUUCUAACAGAUUUCCGCUGCCCGGGUCGCCCUCUACAUGUUCGCUUGACACCGUUAUAAUCCCCAUCCCGUCCUUUGUCCUCUUCGUGGGCAUUGGCCUUCUUGUCUGUCUGCGACCGACUCUGAAACACGACUCCGACGACUUCUCGCAAGUUCGGCCCCAACGAUGGUCCCUCUGGCUGCACAUGUUCUUCGUAUUCGCCGCCUUUGGCAUGUCCGUCCUCGAGAUCGUCCGCCUCGCCCUCGCAGACCGGGGCGUAGGCCUGCUGCCUGCCACGCCCGCUGCCAUGCUUUUGAUUCUAUGUUUACUGUGGUUUGAACGGAAUGGGCGCACACACGCCAUCAGCGUCAUGUUGCUGAUAUACUGGCCGUUCCUUGUUGUAUUCGAGAUCAUCAAAGUGUUGCGGGUACAUAUGCUGCUGGAACUUUCCCCAGCGAAAGAUACACCUUUCCCUGCCUCCGAUCAAUUGACGGACAACAUUGUCAUGACGGGGCUGUUUGCGCUGCUUAUGGGCUUCGAAGCGUAUAGCCUCAUCCGCGCUCGACGACUCCGAAGACAGGCGAGGAGUGGUGGCCAACUAGGCCGAAUGCUCGCUGCAUCGGCAUCGUUGCUGAACAUCAAAGUUGUCAUUCUCGAUGUCGGCACAGCUGGACCCGCCAAGCAAGUCGUCUUCCCAGUAUCUCCUGAUCACACCCAUAUCGACGGCUCCUUCGCUGAUCCAGACAAAAUUCGUGAAUUGGCCUCGAAAGUCGACGUUCUUACAGUGGAAAUUGAGCACGUCGAUGCGGAUGCUCUCGAUGCUAUCGGAAAUGCCAACCAAUCUCGGCUGCAAAUCCACCCACACCCAUCAACCAUCAAAAUAAUACAGGACAAGUUACGCCAGAAAGAGAUGCUUCAAUUUCAUAAACUCCCCGUGGCACCGUUUCUGCAGGUAGAUUCUACUCCUGAGUCUAUUCAAAACGCUAUCGGUAUACUUGGCCUACCCUUGAUGGUCAAAAGCCGAACUCUAGCAUACGAUGGACGAGGCAACUACGUGGUGCGCAGUAUCGAUCAAAUUCCCGACGCUAUAGCAGCACUUGGAAAUCGCCCCCUGUACGUUGAGAAAUGGAUGCCAUUCCGCAAGGAAGUCGCCGUCAUGGUCGUGCGUACGAUAGACGGCGACGUGAAAUCAUACCCCCUUGUCGAGACAAUACACAAGGACAGCAUCUGCCAUUUGGUGUUUGCCCCGUUUCGUGGAGUGACUAAUCGAGCCAAAAUUGUUGCUGAGAAUGCCGUUCGCAAUUUGAGCGGUGCGGGUAUCUUUGGUGUCGAGAUGUUUCUCAUGGAAGACGGUGAGAUCCUCAUCAACGAGAUCGCUCCACGGCCACACAAUUCUGGACAUUACACGAUCGAAGCUUGCGAAACAUCACAGUAUGAGAACCAUCUACGCGCUAUAUUGGGGCUGCCUCUUGGUUCUACGGAGCUCAAAGUUCCUUCCACUGCGAUGCUCAAUAUCAUAGGCGCCUCGUCCUCAAUGUCAGAAAUCACAUCAUUAACUCGAGUGGCCUUGUCGAUUCCUGGGGUGAGCGUUCAUCUAUAUGGGAAGUCGGAGUGCCGCAAAGGUCGAAAAAUGGGACAUAUUACCAUCGUGGGCGAUUCGGAUGCUCAAGUUAGAUCAAGGCUUCGCCCGUUGCUCGAAGCACUACCAAAUGGCUCUCCUGAAGAAACGAACACCUACGCUCCCGUAUCCCCAGGACCUGGUUCAGGAUUUUCUGACGCGCAUCCUCUUGUCGGAAUAAUCAUGGGAUCAGAUUCCGACUUACCCGUUAUGCUACCUGCAGCAAGAAUACUCGACCAUUUCAAGAUCCCUUAUGAACUUACAAUUGUUUCCGCACAUCGUACUCCUGAUCGGCUCGUCGAAUACUCUCGAGGCGCAGCUAGCAGAGGCUUGCGAGUCAUCAUUGCUGGAGCCGGCGGCGCAGCGCAUCUCCCUGGUAUGGCGGCUGCUAUGACUCCUAUACCAAUAAUAGGUGUUCCCGUUAAGGGGAGUUCUCUUGACGGGGUAGAUUCGUUGCACAGUAUUGUCCAAAUGCCUCGUGGGAUACCUGUCGCGACCGUGGCCAUCAAUAACGGGGUGAAUGCGGGGCUUCUCGCCGUCCGCAUGCUUUCUACCGGAUCACCCAGCCUUUUAAUAGCGAUGGAGGACUACAUGAAAACGAUGGAAAAGGAAGUCUUAGAGAAGGUCGACAAUCUGGCAGGGGUAGGAUGGGAAAAAUAUGUGGUCAAACGGUCAUGA